AUGAGUACAACGCCAAGUGCUACACAACAGACCAAAAAGUCUGGAAAGACUCUGAGUAAAUAUAAGAUUGUGUUCCUAGGGGAACAAGGUGUAGGUAAGACUUCCUUAAUAACAAGGUUUAUGUAUGAUACCUUUGAUGACCAUUACCAAGCUACUAUUGGUAUAGAUUUCUUAUCAAAGACAAUGUAUUUGGAUGAUAAGACUAUUAGAUUACAAUUAUGGGAUACAGCUGGACAAGAAAGGUUUAGAUCUUUAAUUCCUUCAUAUAUUAGAGACUCCAGAGUUGCUAUUGUAGUGUACGAUAUUACUAAGAAGAAAUCAUUUGAUUUCAUAGAUAAAUGGAUUGAAGAUGUGAAAAAUGAAAGAGGUGAAGAGAAUGUUAUACUUUGUAUUGUUGGUAACAAGAAUGAUUUGACAGAUGAAAGACAAGUCACUAUAGAGGAAGGUCAAGAGAAGGCUAAAAAACUAGGUGCUAAAAUAUUUAUGGAAACCUCAACAAAAGCUGGAUACAAUGUAAAGAAUUUAUUUAAGAAAAUAGCAAAAUCAUUACCUGAAUUUCAAGAGUCGAAUUCAAACAUUAUUAACGAAACUACUGGAGCAGCUAGUAAGACAAAUGAUAAUGCUGCAGGAACAAAUGGCGCUACUAAAGCAGGUGUCAUAGAUAUCUCUACCACUGAUGAACAGGAACAAGGUGGCUGUCAAUGUUAA